UCAGACAUGGAUAGAGCCAGCAGAAAUGCCUGUUUCUAAUGUUUUUAUCCUUACUGACAGUCCGGACAGCUAGUCUCACCAAAGCCUGGAGCUGAAGGUAAUGUCAAGAAUAGCUCAGUUUGAUGAUAAUUAUGGGAACUUUCAAUUACUAUUUUUCUUCUUUUGCAGACCACAUAUAAGAAGCAAAAUGUUUUUACUGACAUCAGUGCUGUCGCUGCUACUCUCGUGGGCUUCACUGCACAACACCGUGCAAGCUGCAGCAGAUAUUUGCCUGGGGACGCACUGCUACGGCGGGAACACCGGCGAUCCAAGACCAUGCACCGGAGCGCACUGUCCGGGAAGCAGAUCCUCCAGACUUCCGCGGCAGUUUAACCCGACAGCGCAGGGGAGAGCGGCACAGACAGCUGGUAGCCAACAUCAUGCGCACCCAAGCCCUCCAAGAAUGCCGUAUGUGGAAACAUAUCCGGCCGCGCAGCUGAUCCGCGGGCGGCAAGGCGACAGUGGCACACGGAUGAGAGCGCCUGAAGUUUUCCCUGUAGGAUGCACUGGUGCGGACUGCGCCGCUGUUGUGAAACAGUUUCAACCUACUAAUGACACCCGAGACUGUAGAGGGAUCGAGUGCAGGCUGCCCCCGAGAAUACGACCGAUAGCUCGGGGAAGGUCUUGUGUAGGAGAGGAAUGUCCAGCCGCAUCGGAGGAAAACGGCCAGCUUCCUCCCGUCCAUCUGUCCGACAGAGCCGCUCUGUUUCUGGCAGAUUUUCCGGAGUUUGGAUCUCCAUCGUCGGAACUUGGCGCAGCGCCUUUAGGAGUCCAGCUCACAUGUGACAUCAAGCCAGGGGAGAAUGAAGUUCCUUCAGAGGAUGCCCUGAUCUUGCACCUCCAGCUUGCCAAGGGACAGGAGAAGCUGGUGGAGGCCCUAAGAGCCCAACAGGUAACCAUCCGCGACCUGCAGCAGAAGCUUGUUGACCAACAGGAGGCGCUGCUGUCGCAACAGCGCGAGAUCCUGGAGCAGCAGCGGCGAAUGUAUGAGCAGAUGGAUGCAGUGAAGGCUCAGUAUGGCCUCCUCUCAGACACCGUCAAGCAGGUCUCCUUCCAGGGUUUGCAGGGCGAACUGCAGAGCUACUUUGAAAGCCAUCUGGCGGGACUACAGAGCCAGGCUCGCAGCCACCUGCAAAAAUCCUACGCCCUCCACAAAAUGGACCUGGACUCGAAGGUGAUGGAUGUUGUCGGGGAGGCUCAUUUUCCUCAACCUUUGCUGGGAUGCCCUUCACCGUGUGGAUCAGAGGAGUACUGUGAUUUUCAGCGGGAUCCACCUCAGUGUGAAAAGUGCACCAUGUGUCCACCGGGUUUCUUCCUGAUCUCACAGUGCUCCCCAACUGCAGACAGAAUGUGCCAGGACAGAGAUGAAUGCCUAGAACUACCACACAUUUGCGGGGAGCGGGUCAAGUGCCUCAAUACUCCUGGAGGAUUCAGGUGUCUUGGAAUUUCUGAAAGAGAGGCAGUGAUGGGCCUCUGUGGUCACGACUACUUCUACAACCAGGAGCUGCAAGAGUGCCAGGCCUGUUCAGACUGUGAGGGACAGCCUGUCACUGUACCCUGCACAGUGAUCAGCGACGCUGUCUGUGGACAGCUUUCAGAGAGCCGACUCUCCCAAUCAUGGGCAGCGAACGUGGCGCUUCCCUCUGCCAGGACAUCUGGCACCCAUAUCUUUCCCGGAUUGCAGCUAAACAUACGAGGCAAGGAAAUCAGUGAUCUUUUGUCCAACGAGGCAGGGAAGGUGACCUUCCUGCAGCAUGGCUUGGUGUGGCUGGAUCAUAACUUUGCUGUAAAGCACAACUGCAGGAACUUCCUACAGGUGGGGAUGAGGCUCAACAGAAGCCAGGAGGAGGAGGGUCAGGAUCUCAGUGGUGUUCGCAUCGAACAGCCAGAUGGGAAAUACUUCCAGGGGGUUAGCGUCAGUAGUGGGGUGGAGGUGGAACCCAACCACACCUUCACGUUGCUGCUGAGGAGUCCAAAUCAACACUGCAAUCAGAGCAAGGAUCUUCAUGUCUUUGAUAUUACCACUCCCUCGUUAAGUCUGCUCUGGUUGUCUCAUGAUACUGGUGCUGUGGCAAUGACAGCUCAGAUGUCCCUGCAUGUGCACUACCAGACCAGCUACCGCCCAACUUUCCGCAUGACGUCUGUGUCUGACCCCUACAUGGUAAGCCUGACUCAUGACAGCCGUGGGGUGAGCUUCACAGAGAGUGGCGUGGUAAAGUUCGUCCUCCAGCAGGCGUUGUACUCCAUGGGUCACACCUGCAUUCGAGAGGGGUUCUCCCUGAUUGCUUACACUACUCAGAAUAGUUCCGGCCUGGAAGUGAUGCAGGCUUUCAAGACAGGUGUAAACUACAGGGACACCUCCAUUACACUCUCUGGUGCUGUCAGCGUGGACAGCAGAGACACCCUCAGCUUUGAGAUCACAUCCCCGUCUCAGUGCAACAUCCGUUACUUUGGGGACAGCACUGGGAUCAGUAUGCUGAGCCUAAUCUGGAUUCCCUCGGCCAUUUCUUCAACCUUGACAGCUACAGUGUCCCGGACUGGUCUUCCAUUCGGGGCUGUCAGAAAUAAACCACUGUUGUUCCAGCAGGUCAGUUCUGACACACCACAGGUUCACCUGGCUCGCUCUGGGGAACCAAGCAGCCGGAAGAACUUCAUAUUCAAAGACAAGGGAACAGCAAACAUUGCUCUCAACCUCAAGCUGAUACACUCAUGUAAUAUAGUUAAACUCACAUUGCAGCGGGUGGGGGGUCAGGGUCAGCAGGCAGGUCCUGUGGCUCAGCAGGUGUCUGGAUCUAUGCCUGAAGGGAGCCAGUGGGCCAGCAUUGGAUUGAGAGCUUCAUUUCAGGUCCAGAAUGGCACAGCUCUUUAUGCCACUCUGGACUGCAUCCGAGGAAGAGUUAACCAAAUAACACAUGAAGGCGGCACUAACAUUUCAAUCCUCUGGGUUGCGUUGUGAUUGAAGAGACUGAUUUUGUGAAAAAUGACAGUUUUGCACAAUGAUUUACAGAGCAGGUUCAAAAUAUACCAAAUUAAAUAAGAAAAAAAAAACAUUGUCAUCUACUCCACAUAUUCCACCACCUCAUUGUCAUUAAUGUAUAUUUCUUCACCUGUUUAGAGU